AUGAAGUCGAUACUAAUAGCGCUCGCCGCGCUGAUACAACUGGCAACCGCAACACCGUAUUCCCGACAACCGUCUGCACACCCGUUCACGUUCAUUCCCCAUGGCGGCGGCGGCGGCGACCACCCAGCUGAACCGGGCUCGUCGACGUUCUGGGAGAAGGUUUUUGUCAGCGUCGCGUUGGUGCUCAUUGGCGGUGUAUUUGCUGGUUUGACGCUAGGUCUUAUGGGUCUCGACGAGCUCCACCUGAGGGUGUUGUCGGCGUCGUCCGACGACCCCAAGGAGAAGAAGAAUGCUCAGAAAGUUCUUAAACUGUUGGAGAAAGGACGGCAUUGGGUUCUCAUUGUUCUUCUACUAGGCAACGUCAUUGUCAACUCAACUCUACCCCUCUUCUUGGACAGCGCCUUGGGAGGUGGUCUCGCUGCUGUCGUGGUUUCCACCUUUGCUAUUGUCAUCUUUGGACAGAAGCUUACAUUCAACAGAGUCAUUCCUCAAGCCAUUUGCGUGCGCUAUGGUCUCUCCAUUGGUGCGGCAUGCGCCCCCCUUGUCCUUGCAAUGAUGUACAUCUUUGCGCCCAUCGCAUGGCCGCUCGCCAAGCUACUUGACUGGGCUCUCGGAAAGCACGAUCAUCACACCUACAAGAAGGCAGAGCUCAAGUCGUUCCUUCAAUUCCAUCGUACGGGCGAAGAGCCAUUGAGAGACGACGAAAUCGCCAUUUUGAAUGGUGUUCUCGAGCUGAACACGAAGAAGGUCGAGCAGAUUAUGACACCUAUGAAGGACACUGUCAUCCUUAGCGCCGACACCGUCCUCGACCAUAGUGCCGUAGACGCCAUUCUGACAAGCGGUUACUCGCGUUUCCCAGUUCACGAGCCAGGCAACCCACUUGCCUUCAUGGGAACCCUUUUGAUCAAGAAGCUUUUGACCUACGAUCCUGCCAAGGCCCUACCGGUCUCAUCGUUCCCUUUAACGAUCCUUCCUGAAGCACAUCCCACUAUUAAUUGCUUCCAGGCUCUCGAUUACUUCCAAACAGGUCGAGCGCAUUUGCUCCUUAUCAGUCGGACGCCUGGUCAAGCUGGUGGUGCCAUUGGUGUGAUCACGCUCGAGGAUAUCAUCGAGGAAAUCAUUUCCGAGGAGAUUGUCGAUGAGACGGAUCGGUAUGAGGAUAAUAGGAGUAAGCGGCAAGCGCGACGAGUGACGACUGCUAGUAUUAUGCGAGGGAUUGUUGAGCGGGAACGAAGGCGCGGAGAGUCGAGUGAACGAUCUGCUUUGCUUGGGGGAGGUAUCAAUAUUGGAAGUCAGACCAACUCUCUCGAAGUGCGUGGGUAUGGGUCAAUACCGGAGGGGAUCUCGCAGUCGCCGACUGCGCAUGAGGACGAGGACCUGCAGCGGACGCCGAAGAACUCGCAUAUCAAGUUCACGUAUAGUGAGAGUCCGAAGGGGUUGUAA